CAUGUCUUGGCUGAAAGUAGGUUUGCAGCUCACGGCAGUCACCUCGUACCAUAUUUCGAUCACGGAUCCUAGCACUACCCCGGCCAAAGACCUCUCAAAUGACUUUGAGAAACCCAUACUGGAUUGGGUUAUCCUCAAGUUCGGGUUCCCUAUGGCAAGAGCGUUGAUCUGGCUACCCGUUCUAGCAGAGACAGCCAUCGCGGUCUCCUUUCAUUAUCCCUCCAAGGCAUCCUCUCAAGUUCUGUCCUUCAUAGGGUCCAAACCCGCAAUUUCCACCUUCGCCUCUAGAAUGUUUGUCGUCGUCGGUUUCCUGACAGUGAUAGGUAGCAUGGGUCGCGUGUGGUGCUUCCGUACCCUCGGGAGACAAUUCACAUUCAACAUGGGGCUUGUAAAGGACCACACCCUCGUCACCUCGGGCCCAUAUGCAUGGGUCCGUCACCCAAGCUAUGCAUUCGCAUUUCUACAGUGCGCUGGAUUCAUGCUCAUGCACGCCGUGCCAGGCUCGUGGCUCCGAGAGGCCGGAGGGCUGUUUGGGCUGCGCUUGGGGAUAACGGGUGUUCACGUACUCCUCAAUGUUAUGGGGAUGGCGUUGAUGAUCACUCGGUUGCCUGUGGAGGAUGAGUUUUUGCAUAAGCACUUUGGGAAGGAAUGGGAGGAGUACGCGAGGACGGUUUCAUACAGGAUGAUACCAGGUAUUAUAUAGCGCAAUUUAUCAGAUGUACACUGUUUGCAACAAACUCGCGCUAAUAGGAUCACCAAGC